UACAGCCAGGUGACUGUAGUCCUGGUUGAACGUCACAUAAUUCAUUGCCAUGGUGAAAUGGUCGGACAGCUUCCUGUCGAGUGCUACCGAUACUCCUCCAUGGAUCGAGACAGGAAGCCGAAUGCGCGAGCUGUGGACUGGGGUAUUUGGAAGGAGGACCUUUUGCUGUGCAAUGGGGUUGAAGUGAUCGAGCGUCAAGCGGGCACCAUGACAAAAGUAUCGCAGCGCAGGGCAACUUUCACAAAUGGGCCUUUUGAGGUUACCGAAACGCUGCAUGUGACGACGCCCAGGGUAUGAUUCGUGGCAGCUGAAUAGCGCCUGAUACAUGACUCUUUUUGCGGGGUUGCCACUGCCCGAACCGCCUAUAUGGACUUUAUUUCCAGGCAACCGCACGCCCAUAACAGUCCUUGCAAUUGGGAACGAUAAUGUCGGCAAUUGCUCUGCGGCACUGCGACAACCAUCGGAAACAAGAUGACAGAAUCGAUGGAAAUUGACUCGGCUCCUCCUCGUGGUGUCAAGAGAACUGCUGCGGAAGCAGGUUUGCCUCCUGAAGCUCCUCGUCGAAUAAAGGCAUUGGAUCAGGAUGUCGUCAACAAGAUUGCGGCUGGCGAGAUCAUCGUCGCUCCCAUGCACGCACUGAAGGAGUUGCUUGAGAAUUCGGUCGACGCCGGUUCAACAGCUAUCGAUGUAGUUGUCAAAGAUGGUGGCCUCAAACUGUUGCAGAUUUCCGACAAUGGCCAUGGAAUCGAGAGGGAAGAUUUGCCCAUCCUAUGCGAGAGGUUCACCACAUCGAAGCUCAAGAAUUUCGAGGAUCUCAUGUCAAUUGGCACCUAUGGAUUCCGAGGCGAAGCUCUUGCAAGCAUCAGCCAUAUUGCCCAUCUUAAAGUCACUACUCGUACCGCCAACUCAAGUUGUGCCUGGCAAGCACACUACGCUGACGGCAGAUUGACUCCUGCUAAACCUGGCCAAAGUCCCGAUCCGAAGCCAUGCGCCGGUCGGCCUGGUACGCAAAUCACCGUUGAGGAUCUGUUCUACAACAUACCGAACAGGAGGAAAGCGUUUCGAUCUCCAUCCGAAGAGUACACCAAAGUGUUAGACGUGAUCACACGCUAUGCUGUCCACCGAGAAGGAGUGGCUUUUUCAGUGAAAAAACAUGGUGACACUGCUUCGGGGUUUUCUGUGGCGGCGGCUGCGACGAAGGUGGACCGAAUAAGGCAAGCUUAUGGAGGCGUGGGUAAGGAACUUAUGGAGUUCGGAGUGGAAGAUACUCGAUGGGGUAUCAAGGCCUCAGGGUAUGCCACCAAUGCAAACUACAGCGGCAAGCGAACAACGAUACUCUUGUUCAUCAACAAUCGAUCGGUCGAAUCCUCAACAGUCAAAAAAGCCAUCGAACAAACCUAUCAUCUUUUCCUUCCCAAAGGCGGUCAUCCAUUCGUAUAUGUCUGUCUCGAUAUCGAUCCUAGUAGGGUUGAUGUCAAUGUCCAUCCGACGAAGCGCGAGGUUCACUUUCUGAAUGAGGAUGAGAUCAUCGAGCUCGUCUGCAACAAUAUCCGCGAGAGUUUGGCAAAAUUGGACACGAGCAGAACGUUUCAGACGCAGACAUUGCUUCCUGGAGUAACUCCAAUGACUCCGUUGCAUCUCCGGACGGCAGCCGCGGACCAGACGCCCAUGGAUGAAAGCGCCACAAGGAGAACAUUGACAACCAAAAAACCAUACGAGAACAACCUGGUUCGAACAGAUUCCAGAAUGCGAAAGAUCACUUCAAUGCUUCCUCCUGCACUUUCGACGGCCACCACUCAGGACGAGUCGACCGCAGCUGAAGGAGCCCAAUAUAGCACUACAGAUCGCGAACAAGUGCAGAUACGAUUGACUUCGAUCAAGAACUUACGUGCGGAGGUCCGCGAAGCCAUGCAUAAUGGCUUGACUGAAGUCUUCGCUUCACUGACUUACGUUGGAAUUGUGGACAGUAACAGGCGAUUAGCUGCUAUGCAGUCCGGCGUGAAACUAUAUCUUGUUGACUAUGGCAUGACGGCGAAUGAGUUCUUCUAUCAAGUUGGUCUUACCGAUUUCGGCAACUUUGGUCGUAUUCAGCUACAACCACCACCCAGCCUCCGCGAACUUCUGGAGAUCGCCGCGCAACAUCAAAUCGAGACGGAUUCCGCAUGUGCCGAUCUUGACAAACAACAGGUCGUACAGAAGGUCUAUGACCAAUUGAUGAGCCGCAGACAGAUGAUGUCCGAGUACUUCUCCGUCGAGAUCUCGGAAGACGGGUUUGUUGAGUCGAUCCCGUUACUGCUCAAGGGCUAUAUGCCAUGCAUGGCGAAAUUACCGACUUUUCUCCUGCGCCUCGGUCCAUUCGUCGACUGGACGCAAGAGGAGCCAUGUUUUCGGACGUUGUUGCGAGAACUGGCCUCAUUCUAUGUUCCUGAACAGCUACCGCUGGUGGCCUCAAAGGGUAAGACUCGAUCUAUUUCUGUCGAUACCAGCAUGGAAGACACAGAGACGGCGGUUCAGGAUAGCCAUGACCCGACUGAUGAACUUGAGGCUGCUACUGAAAGAAGACGCAAAGAGUUGGAAUCUGCCCUGGAACAUGUUCUCUUCCCUGCAUUCAGAUCUCGAAUCGUGGCUACCAAGGGCAUGCUAAAGGGAGUGAUCGAAGUGGCGAACCUGAAGGGCUUGUAUCGCGUUUUUGAGCGGUGUUGACCUUGGGCCGUUUUUACAAGUUUAUGACAAGCCAAAGUGUAAGAUACCUCAGUAUGCCGACGAUAGUGGUCAGCGUGAUGUUACAAAGUACUCUGCUGUUAGAAUCAUUGUAAUGAGAGUUCGUGAAAGGCCAAGGCAUACUGGAUAACAGAUAGAUGACGAGGACAACAUCUACCUCGAAGAA